AUGUCACAAGCCCCUGCACACAACUCUUUGGCGUUCCUGAAGGGGUCGAACGCCUCGACCAGUUCCUUUGACCGCCUCAACACUUCUUCUCGUUCUCGCUCUGGCAGUCUUAUGCGUGUCAUGUCAACUCACAAUCCCGCACCAUCCACUGCAAUGACUCGUCGAUUCUCUGAAGCUCUCCCAAGGAGCUCAUUUCUUCAUGAUCAACACGACUCAACAACACUCAACCCACUAUCACACUAUGCCAAUCCAUCCACGACCUCUUUUUCUCAAUUAUCUGAUACCAACUGGGCCAACCGUUUGGAGGAUUUUGAACUCAAAGACCCUAUCGGUUACGGCUCAUCAGCUGUAGUCUACGGCGCCAUUUACAAGCCAUUGAACAAACGCGUCGCCUUGAAAAUGAUUGACUUGGAUAUGUUUGAACGUAAUCAAAUCGAUGAAUUGCGACGCGAAACAGCUUUGAUGGCACUAUCCAAACAUCCCAAUGUCCUGCAAGUUUAUGGCUCCUUUGUAAACGGAUCCAAGCUUUACAUAGUAACACCUUAUUUAUCAGCGGGCUCGUGUCUGGAUAUUAUCAAGUCUGCUUUUAAACAAGGAUUUGAAGAGACCACCAUUGCAACCAUCCUCAAGCAAGCGUUGGAGGGGCUGGUGUAUUUGCACAAGAAUGGUCACAUUCAUCGAGAUGUAAAAGCGGGCAAUCUACUUAUGGAUGAGCAUGGCACUGUGUUGCUGGCCGAUUUUGGAGUUUCCAGCUCGCUCACGGAGAAUGGGGGUGUUCGAAAGACAUUUGUGGGAACGCCAUGUUGGAUGGCACCUGAAGUCAUGGAACAAGCAAGCUAUGAUUACAAGGCUGACAUUUGGAGCUUUGGUAUUACAGCUCUCGAACUUGCCAAGGGUCAUGCUCCAUUUGCAAAGUUCCCACCCAUGAAGGUCUUAAUGAUGACCUUGUCCAACGAUCCCCCGACCUUGGAUCGGGAUUCCACCAAGUACAAAUAUACAAAGGUGUUCAAGGAAAUGAUUGAUUGCUGUCUUCAAAAAGAUCCUCGAAAAAGACCUACCGCUGAAAAGCUGCUACAACACCCUUUCUUCAAGCAAGCAAAAAAGAAAGAAUACCUAUGCAAGUCACUCUUGGUGCAUGUACCAUCCCUUGAACAACGUCCACACAAAAAGGUCCCUCAAAAGCAUAUCACCUUUGAAACGACUGAGCAGUGGGAUUUCGAUACCGAUGAUACGACAACAACAACAACAACCACUGAAAAGAAGCAGCCAACUAGAAAGCAUAUCUCUUUUGGUGAAGUGGUGAUUCGUGAUGCAGCUAAACCAGCAGCAGCAUCAACAGCAACAGCAACGAUAGCAUCCGAUAGCAGCAAUAGCACCAUCACAAAAAAAUCACGCUUUGUUAUCGAAGAGAAUCAUGAUACUCCUCCCGUAUCCACUCCAUCUCCUCCUGUGGCACCACUCGAUGUUGUACCUCCUUCCAAUCCUGAAUGCGAGAUAAAAAAGGGUCGUUUCAGCGUGAAUCAAAGAGCUGUUGAAGAAGUCGCCACGCAAGAUUUGACGCCAUUGCCUUUAUCUCGUUUAUCAAGUCAAGAUAGCGUACAAGGAGAACGAAAGUCGAGAUUCGAGAUCCAACAACAGCCACAUCCUAGUACCGAAGGUGCCCUCUCACGUGAAAACUCUAAUUCAUCUGGUAUCUCGUUACCCCGUAAUGGAUCUACAAGUUCUAAAUCAAGUCGAUUCUCAGUCGAAGUUGAACAACAUCAUCCUGCAGGGCGGGAUGAGCAACAGCAGCCACCUACAACAACAACAACGACGACGACGACAAAUGAUUGUUGUCGAAAAAAGGGUCGCUUUGAAUUGUCUGGCAACGCAGCAACCACAGCCACAGCAACCAACACCAUGGAUCGAUCAGCUGAGUCUUCGUUGUCAGGUUCACCUAAUACAUCACCCUAUACUUCAUUGUCACGUGAUCCAAGCUCUGUUCGACAUAUCAUCACCACCGCCCAAUCUCCAGCAGCAGGUAUUAGCGAAAUACCUUCGAUCAUGUAUACCCAGAUGGAAACGCUCUUCAAGCAAAAUGAGGUCCAGCGCAGCCUUCUCAAUGAUAUGCUCAGCUGCUUAUCCAACACAACUCAACAACAGCGAUCACGUAAGCCAUCGUAUGACGGGGCUGAACAUCAUCAUCAUCAUCAUCCAUCAGACGCUGUCGAGCGUUUACAACAGCAAUUGGCAAUCUCCCAUGCAGAACGUGAAAAGCUAUCACGAGAAAAUGAGGCACUUAAACGGGAGCUGGAACAGUUACGUCGUAAUAACACAAAGUAA